ACGUGGUUUCAUGUGACGCUCGCCAGCUGGAGCAGGGAGGGACGAGCGCCGGAUAGAAGGAGGUUGUAAAAGAAAAAAGCAAAGAAAAAUAGGCAGAGCUCAGCCUAGGAGUCCCCUUCAGGCAUCCGAACAAGUCCGGACUGUUCCUCUGCUGCAGCCUGCGCGCAGCCAGGCGGCGUCGGGAGUCUCAGUUGCGACGGUCUGCUGCGGGGAUGCACCGACGAGGCUUCCCUCUCUGAGCUGCGGUGCAGUGACCUUGUGCCGUCGACUCUGCGAAACACCACAGCGCGGCCGGACAGCGCACGGGGAGCCGGGGGCUGGACAUGCCACAGGUGGACAGGUGCGGAGCGGUGCGCGGAGCAGAGACCCGCAGGUUAUGAAGAUGUGGAGCUGGGUUUUCACCGUGACUGUGCUGCUGUCCUCCAUGAAACAGGCUGAAAGUCAGGGCAGGUGUAAUAAUGUGCAAGCAGCAGACAUUGUUUUCCUGGUCGAUGGAUCCUCCAGUAUUGGCCGAGCGAACUUCCUGCAGGUGAAAGGCUUCAUGGCUGGGAUCGUCAAACCAUUUGCCAGCCAUGUCGCCGAGUCAGGGAUACGGUUUGGGGCCAUCCAGUACAGUGACACCUCCAGGGUUGAAUUCACCUUUUCGACCUACCUGAAUGGCACCGAGCUGGUCAAUGCCGUACAGAACCUGAACUAUAAAGGUGGAAACACGCGCACUGGUGCCGGUCUCAAGUUUGUCUCUGAUAACUUCUUCAACCCUGUGACCAGUCGGGACGUCACAAAGAUAACGAUCCUGAUCACAGAUGGGAAGUCACAGGACAGCGUGCAAGACCCAGCACAGAAGCUGCGCAGUCAAGGAGUCCACGUUUUUGCAGUUGGCAUAAAGAGUGCAGACAGGAACGAACUGGCUCAGAUCUCCUCUCAGCCCAGUAGUGAUUUCACCUCCUUUGUUGGGGACUUCAAACUGCUGAACACGCUUCUUCCUCUCGUGAGCCCCCGAGUGUGUUCCAAAGCAGGGGGAGUCUACGCUAGUGAUGAGGCUUUCUCUGGUCCGUCCAACAUUCAGUUUACAGGGCAGACGUCGGAUUCUCUCAGGUUUCGCUGGAGUUCCGCUGGGGGGCCUGUGAGCGGCUAUGUAGUCCAGUAUGUGCCCCUCUCCGGCCUAGGUCAGCCUAUUACAGCAGAAUUGCAACAGGAGACUGUCCCCGUUAAUCAGAGGACCUUCACUGCACGAGAGCUGAGGUCAGGGACAGACUACCUGGUGACUAUCAUUGCUCAGUACCCCAACAGUGUGGGAGAGUCCGCUUCUGCCAAGCAACGGACGAGGUCCUUGCCGGGUGUCUCCAGUCUCCGUCUGAUCCAGGCAGGCUUCUUCUCUCUCACUGUGGGAUGGGAUCAGCCUUCAUCCCCCGUCCAGGGCUACAGACUCACCUAUGGACUACGAGGUCAGCCAGCGGCUCAGCUGUUGUCACAGUCUCUGUCCGCAGACUCCACAUUCGUCACCUUGGAAUCGCUUCAGCCCGACACAGAGUAUGUCAUCAAUCUCUACCCCCUGUUCCCCCGAAACUCUGCAUCCCCGUCCACCCUGAACGCCCGCACAUUGCGCCUUGAGGCAGUGAAGCAGUUAUCAGUGGAGACGGAGUCAGAGGGCAGUGUUCUUCUGAGGUGGAGCGGCGUCAGUGGUGCUCGGGCCUACCGUCUGGUUUGGGGACCGUUUACAGGUCGGAAUGUGGAGACUGUGGAGGUUGCCGGUGACAGUGAGUUUCACACUUUGUCCCGUCUGCAGCCCGACACAGAGUACAUCGUCACUAUCAUCCCGCUGUAUGAGGGCAACACCGAGGGACCUGUAGCCACUGCCAGGUUCAAAAUAGAGCGUCAGGAGCAGCAGGUCCUCAGAGCAGCUACCACAGGUCCCUCCACUAUCCGCCUCACCUGGAGAAUCAUUCAGUCUUCGCGAGGGUAUCGCCUGGAGUGGAGGGAGGGAGAAGGAGGCCGUGUCCAGACCUUGUCUUUUCCCAGAAGCACUGCCAGCUACGAAUUAACAGGCCUCCAGCCCAACACAGAAUACAUCAUCACCCUGUACACCCUGUUCGAAGGUCGUGAGGAGGCCACACCUGUCUCCACCACGUCCAGAGAGGAACAGCCUGUGGGCAGGGUGUCAAACCUGAGAGUUGUGGAGACUCUGGGCAGUACUGUCAGACUUGGCUGGACAGGUGUAGCUGGCGCCACACAGUACCGCAUCAUUAUCCUGAACACAGAAGUGGGAACGGACGAAAUCCAGGUUAUCAAUGGAAACCAAACGACCCUUGACCUCAGAGACCUGACAGUGGGAGUGUCUUAUGGUGUGAGUGUCACAGCACUGGUGGGAGAAAACGAAGGGGACCCAGUUACUGUCUACAUCAAACCAGAGCAAAGUGCUGGCAGAGUGACGAACUUCAGAAUCACGAAUGCAAACAGUCGCAGAAUUCGAAUUGCCUGGACAGGUGUUUCUGAGGCUACAGGGUACAGAUUGACUUGGAGACAAGGCAACAGUGUGGAGCAGACCCGUCUUCUGGGGGCGGAGGUGACGGCCUUCACGAUAGACGGCCUGCAGCCAGACGAGGCGCUGGUAAUUGGUGUCGCGGCAGUUGUCGAUCAACGUGUUGGGGAGGCGGUCACUCUGUCUGCUCGUACUAAUCCCCAUGGUGGAUCAGUGUCGGGGCUUCGCAUCGUUGAUGUCACAUCUCAGAGGAUACGCAUUUCAUGGUCAACUUCCACCAGGGCAACGGGAUACAAGAUCACGUGGCGCCGUGAUAAUGGAGUUGAAACAACUCGUAAUGUGGCGGCCGACGUCUCUUCAUUCUCCAUUGACGGACUGCAGUCAGAUUCGGCCUAUAGCGUGCUGGUUUCUGCGCUGACUGGCUCUCGAGAGGGAAGCCCCUCCACCUUGACUGUCAGAACAGAGUCAGAUCAGUCCGUAGUUGGGACUGUGACGUCUCUGCAGAUCCAGGAGGCCCGUGGGGAGGUUGUCCGAGUCACCUGGGUUGGUGUUCAGGGAGCAACGGCUUAUCGUGUUUCUUGGAGGAGAACAGAUGGUGGUGAGGAGAGGAGUCAGCUGGUUGGGGGCGGUGUGACAGCAGUGGAUUUAGAACAGCUGGACCCUGGAGCUCAGUAUGAGGUGCAGGUCAAGGCUUUGGUUCAAAACAGAGAGGGAACCCCUGUUUCUGUCAGAGUCACCACACCCGGCACAGAUACUCCCUCUCCCUCACAACCUGUCACAACUUUAAGAGUGGCAGAGGUUACCCAGAGUUCUGUGCGGCUCGACUGGAUUCCACUACUAGGUGCCACAGGAUAUGUUCUGCGCUGGAAAGAGGAGAAAGAUACUGGACAAGGCUUGUCUGUCUCGCUGCCUGCCUCGUCCAGCUCUUACCAGGUGACUGGGCUGCGGCUGGGCCGUCAAUAUCGCUUUAGUGUGCAGCCCACCUUUGCAAGUGGACUGGGAAGAGAGAGCUCUGUAGAUGAACACACUGUGUGCGUGGACGGGCGUCUGGAUGUUGUCUUUCUGGUGCCGGCAUCAACUGAUCGGACUGGCCUCACUAGACCUCUGCGCGAACUCCUCACAAGUGCAGUGAGGUCACUCAACACCAUUGGUCCCCGCGACUCACAGGUGGGAGUUAUAGUGUACGGUUACAGACCCAAAAUAUGGUUCCUGCUCAAUCGCCACAGCAGAUCUGACACACUGUUUCAAGAGAUCCAGGCCACGCCUUUUGAUGAAACCCCAGGGAAUAAUAUUGGUGAGGCGGUUACCUUCACCAGACAGUACGUCCUGACCCCUACAUCUGGACGCAGACCCAGGGUCCCUGGUGCUGUUGUCAUCAUCGCUGACAAAAAGUCAGCUGAUAACCUCACUCUUGCAGCAAACAAUCUCAGAGCUACAGGUGUCACAGUGUUAGGAGUGGGUGUCGACCAGGCGGAUACCGAGGAGCUACGUCGCACCGUGACCGAUGGCAGCACACAGAACAUCCUGUAUGCCCGCGAUGCAGCUACGCUGGACGCACAACACAGUGAUCUGGCAGACUUGCUGUGUGGAAUUGCCAGAAUACCAGAGGUGACUCCAGGUCCAGAUAAGUGUAGUAGUCAGUGUCCUCAGGGUGAGAAGGGAGAUCGUGGAGAGAAGGGUGAGAGAGGCAGAGAUGCUGCAGAUGGACGCAAGGGAGAGCCUGGUCGUGAUGGUUUGCCUGGGAGGGAGGGUCCCAGGGGCCCUGAAGGACGCCCAGGUCAACCAGGCCAAAAUAUUCCCUUUGAACCCUCAGCGGGAGUGAAAGGAGAAAAGGGGGAAAGAGGUUUUCCUGGUAUUGAUGGAAAUCCAGGGUUGCCAGGACGACCAGGAGCGCCUGGAAAUGCAGGGGUCCCGGGUUCACAGGGCCUACCUGGUAUCAGAGGAACCUCAGGGGAACCAGGUUUGACAGGGCCACAAGGGCCAAUGGGCGUUAAAGGUGAAAGGGGUGAACCAGGCUCAGCUAUAUCUGGAGGGGGUCUUCCAGGGAGGAAAGGAGAACCAGGCAUCCCUGGGAUACCGGGCACACCAGGUCGGCCAGGCAGCGACGGUGCCAAAGGGGGAGCCGGAGUUCCGGGGUCAUCAGGUCAGGAUGGUCGCCCGGGGAUACCAGGAACCCCAGGACUCUCCAUCAAGGGAGACAAGGGCAGCACAGGAGAGAGGGGACCUCCAGGAGUAGGCAGUGGGGUGGCCGUGAAGGGCGAGAAGGGCUUCCCAGGCACUCCAGGAUCUACUGGGGAUCAGGGUCCUAGAGGGCCGACAGGACCACAGGGCAGCAAAGGAGACAAGGGCGACAAUACUGAUGGGCUGGCCGGACCCCCCGGCAGGCAAGGAGAGCCUGGGGACAGGGGUCCCCGUGGGCCUCCGGGAGAGAUUGGCAGCAAGGGGGACCGAGGACAACCAGGAGAGCCUGGAUCACAGGGAGAACGGGGUGAGAGAGGACCGGCUGGUGAAACUGGGGGGAGAGGGGAUCCAGGGAAGGCAGGCCUCGCAGGAACACCGGGGUUGAGAGGUUUACCAGGGCUCAGUGGACCGCCGGGAGAAAAGGGAAUUGAUGGAGCACGUGGGGAGCCCGGCAGAAGUACUCCAGGUUUUCCAGGAAAGAAAGGGGAACAGGGGGAGCGGGGUCUGGGUGGUCUUGAUGGGCAGAGGGGAGAAAAAGGAGAGCCUGGGCAGAGAGGAGAGAAAGGGUCUCCAGGGUCAGGAGGCUCAGGUGUCAUUGGUCCUAGAGGAGAGCCAGGAGAGCGAGGACCUGCUGGUAUCAAUGGACGACCAGGUGCCAAGGGAGACCCUGGUGAACCAGCAGAGAGGGGGGAGAAUGGGCGACCUGGAAUUCCUGGAAAGCCCGGUCUUCCUGGGAAAGAGGGAGUGAAUGGAGAGAAGGGUGAUGAGGGCACUCCAGGGGAGUCUGGACUUCCAGGGAAGUCAGGAGAACGAGGACUUAGGGGACUGGCUGGUCAGCCCGGACGACCAGGAGAGAAAGGAGACCUAGGAGACCCUGGAGAGCACGGACGAAAUGGCGGCCCUGGACCUGCAGGACAGAGAGGAGAGAAAGGAGAGCAGGGAGCUCAAGGGCCACCGGGACCAGCAGGAAAAGUGGCUGACAUCCAGGGCCAGCUGAGAGGGGAAAGAGGAGAGAAAGGAGACGCUGGCGACCCUGGAGAGAACGGCGGCAAAGGUCAGAAAGGCGAAGCAGGGACUCCUGGAGCCCCAGGCCUACGAGGUCCUGAGGGACAACGGGGGCCAGCAGGCACAAGAGGUGACACAGGAGACAGAGGAACACCUGGAGAGAAGGGAGAAAGGGGUGCCUCUGGGUUAGAUGGACGUCCAGGUGUGGAUGGUAAACUAGGUGCUGCUGGACCACCAGGACAGAGGGGCGAUCCUGGGAAACAGGGAGAUCCUGGGAGAGAUGGUUUACCAGGACCUAGAGGGGAACAGGGCCUCCAAGGGCCUGUUGGGCCUCCAGGAACUGCAGGAACACCUGGCAAAGCAGGUGAAGAUGGCAAACCUGGGCUUGCUGGCAAAAUGGGUGAGGAUGGAGUGCCAGGUGAAGACGGAAGAAAGGGCGACAGAGGAGAAGCCGGAGCAGCUGGAAGAGAUGGCCGUGAUGGGCAGAAAGGAGACCGGGGAAUCUCUGGGCCCCUGGGCCCCUCUGGACCUACGGGGCCACCUGGGGUUCCUGGCAACAUUGGUCCCCCUGGACAGGUUGUGUACGUCAAAGGAGCUGCAGCGGCACCAAUCCCAGGACCACAGGGGCCUCCAGGAACCCCUGGCGUCCCCGGGAUUCCAGGAGCUUUGGGAGCCAGAGGAGAGAGAGGUCCUGCUGGCCUUAGAGGUGAAGCCGGGGACCCAGGAGAGGACGGGGCGCCGGGCAAACCUGGGACAGCAGUGGAUGUACAGAAGGCUAUGGCCAGCCUCGGUAUUCAGUUGUCUGAUCUGAAGGUGGUUGUGGACAGGAAGGACACACUCGUGACUUCUUCAAUGCAGAAGGCAGAUAAAGGUGACAAGGGAGACAAGGGGGAGUCAGGACAGAGAGGACCAUCUGGUUUAGAUGGUGCUCGUGGUUUUCCAGGAGAUAGGGGAACAAAAGGGGAUCAAGGGGAGCGAGGACCCAUGGGAACAACGGGGCCUCCCGGAAGAGCUAUUGGGGAACGAGGGCCAGAGGGACCCCCAGGGCCUGCAGGAGAGCCAGGCAAGCCAGGAAUACCGGGUGUUCCUGGGCGAGCUGGGGAACUGGGAGAGUCUGGAAGACCAGGAGAAAAGGGGGAGCGGGGAGAGAGAGGUGACAAAGGGGAAUCUGGAAAAAUUGGGUUGACAGGACAAGUCGGCCCACCAGGUCAAAAGGGAGCAUCUGCUGACUCGAUUUUGAUUGGUACGCCGGGGGCCAGAGGCCCUCCAGGUCUCGCAGGACAGAAGGGAGAGCCUGGUGCAGCAGGACCGCCUGGAACAAUGGGAGAACGGGGUUUUGUGGGACCUCAAGGUAAUAAGGGAGACCGAGGAGAGUCUGGAGAAAAAGGACGUGAUGGCUCAUCGGGAUCACCAGGGGAACCAGGAAAUCCUGGUCAGGACGGGAAAGCGGGCCCAGCAGGGCUUGCUGGUCCUCGAGGGCAACCAGGAAACCCAGGAGAGCCUGGUAUAAGGGGGCCAACUGGGCCCAUGGGUCCCAACGGGCUUCCAGGUCCACCGGGUGUGAAGGGGAACCAAGGAGAACCAGGUGUUGGCGUCAAGGGUCCUCCUGGUGCCCAGGGGAGCACAGGUCUGCCAGGACCAGCAGGUCCUCCAGGAGCUGUAGGUCCACAGGGCCCUCCAGGGCUGCCAGGGCAGGUGGGUGAAGCAGGUAAACCUGGAGUUCCUGGAAGAGACGGGGUGCCUGGCAAAGAAGGAAUACCUGGAUUACCAGGGAAGCAGGGCAUUGCUGGACCUCCAGGCCAGCACGGCUUAAAGGGGGAGCAGGGAGACAGCGGCCCUCCAGGGAAGUCAGUGGCUGGACCCACUGGACCCAGAGGAGAAACAGGGCUUCCUGGGAAAACCCUGCCAGGCACGACUGGAGAGCAAGGUCUACCUGGGGACAAGGGAAACAGAGGGGACAAAGGUGCUGCUGGCGUCAAAGGGGAAAGGGGAGUGUCCGGUGAAGCAGGAGAGCCUGGAGAAGAUGGUGCACAGGGAUCUCCUGGGCCAAAGGGAGAUAAGGGUGAGAAGGGCAUUGGACUGGCAGGUCCUCCUGGUCGGGUCGGGCCUCAAGGUUUAAAAGGGGAUCCAGGCCUUCCUGGUCCAGCUGGUCCGCCGGGACCUCUGGGGAAGUCUGGUGAUGCGGGACAGCCUGGCCUGAGGGGAGAAGGUGGACAACCAGGACUUCCAGGACCACAGGGGGAGAGGGGUCUCCAAGGCUUUGCAGGCCGUGCAGGAAAUGUUGGACCCCCUGGUCCUUCUGGACCGGCUGGACAAGCAGGAUCGCCUGGUACCAACGGGGUCAAAGGGGACAAGGGGGAAGUUGGCAUUGGUGUCCCUGGUGCCAGAGGAGAAAGAGGAGAUGCAGGGCCCAGAGGCGAGGAGGGACGAGCUGGCUUGGAUGGGGAAAGAGGGUCGACUGGUCCUGCAGGGACUCGUGGUGCUCGUGGAGAGAAGGGAGACAUCGGACUGCAAGGUGACAAAGGAGAGAAGGGGGACACGGUGCUCGUGGGAGGACCCGAGGGAGAAAAGGGCAACAAAGGAGAAACGGGUGACAGAGGGCCCAAAGGUGUGCAGGGAGAAAAAGGGGGGAAGGGUCAAGAGGGACCCGCAGGCGAGCAGGGUCUGAGGGGAGAGCCAGGAGAGAGAGGAUCCACUGGAUUCCCGGGUGCCCGUGGCCCUGGUGGACAGAAGGGAGAAGCUGGUCAACCUGGGGUACCUGGUGAAUUGGGUUUAUCAGGAAAAGAUGGACUGCCGGGGCAGACGGGGACAAAGGGAGAGAUUGGAAUCUUAGGAAUGAGAGGAAUCAAGGGUGACAGGGGACCCAAGGGGGCGUGUGGUGGAGAUGGACCCAAAGGAGACAAGGGGGAUGCUGGUAUUCAUGGACGAUCAGGCCUACCUGGAAGAAAAGGUGAACAGGGGGAACUCGGACCUUCUGGGGUCCCUGGGACCCCCGGAAAAGAGGGGCUAGUGGGCCCCAAGGGGGACCGUGGUUUUGACGGGGUUACGGGACCCAAAGGAACUCAGGGAGAGAAAGGUGAAAGGGGUCCGUCUGGUGUGCCUGGCCCUCCUGGUCCAAGAGGAGUGGACGGGCCCCCCGGCCUGGGUGGCCCUCAGGGACUGGCUGGUGCUAAAGGCCCAGAGGGGCUCCAGGGACAGAAGGGAGAGAGAGGGCCCAUUGGUCCCUCCAUGGUGGGACCACGCGGUAUCCCAGGUAUCCCGGGGGAGAGAGGAGAGCAGGGAGACAUGGGCCCAGAUGGAGCCAAGGGAGACAGAGGAGAGCCGGGCAUGACGGAGGACGAGAUCAGAGGUUAUGUUCGCACGGAGAUGAGUCAGCACUGUGCGUGUGGAGGUUCAGGCCCGGCCCCUCGGUCCCAGCCCCCGGUCAGGGCUCGGCCUGCACUAGAGCAACAACUGGCCCUGAAGGGUGAGGAGGGCCGCGAGCUGCACGUGGUGGUGAAUACCAACGACCCGGACUACGAGCACAUUUACUCCAUCGAGGCCUACGACGACCCCAUGGAGGAACUGCUCCACUUCACGCCUUCUGCCAAUCAGAGCGAUGGUGUGGCUGUCAAAAAGGAAUCAGAGAAAACAGUCAAAGUUGAACCAAACAAAUCAGCCAGUGCUGACGUUCAGAAAACAGCGAGAGUUGGUGGUCAGAAAGCCCCAGUCAGAAAGUCCAAAUCAGUCAGGUCCAAGAGGAGAGUCACAGGGGAAGGUACAGCUCCAGCAGACCUGUGCCAGUUGCCCAUGGUGGAGGGGAGCUGUGGGCGAUACACUUUGCGCUGGUACUUUAACCUUAAGGCUCAGGCCUGCCGGCCCUUCAUCUACAGCGGCUGUGAAGGAAACGACAACCGCUUCCUCCACCUGGAGGACUGUGAAGAGGCCUGCCUUGGGGUGGCCGAAGGUCCUGGUCCCUUGAAGACAGCACGAUGAUUGUGGCCGAUUCUCCCUCAGCCACAGGAUUGUUUAUAUAGCUUUAUAUGUCUUUUAUAGAUCAUUAUUUUGUCAAAUGCCAAUGGUCAAGAUUUGUUUUUGUUUAUUUAUUGUUUCCAACCAAACUUUACCCGGGGUUGCGAGGGACAUACCAGAGUGUUUUCAAAACUUCGCAAAAAAAAGAGGAAAAAAUAGUGUUUAUUAGGUUAAAAACUAUAUAUAUAUAUAUAUAUAUAUUUUUGUGUAGUAGUAAACAUUUUUAAUACUUGCACACUGAAUAAGAAUGUCAGUUCUUUUUAGCCUUGCUUUUACCUUGCCACAGUAUUGAAUUACUUAAGUGCUUCAGUUUCAUGCUGCACACUUGCAUGCAGACAGGGAGAAGACAGGUCACCUGACUGAGCCCACAGUUCAAUGAAAUGUUUCUUAAGUGAAUGGCGGUUUGGUAAAUCUCAUGAUGUUGCAAUAAACCCGGUGCUCAUUUUGAGGCUGUUGUUCAGUCGAUAUUUUUCACUAGCUAUCAGAACAAGAGUUGAGUGUGAACAAUCAGAGAAAACAAAGAUAUUUCUUACUGUUUUGAAGUGAAAUAAAUAAAUGAAUAUUCUAAAAACAUAAAAUUACUCUUUCCACACUUUCCCUCCCACAUAAAUUAAGCCAAAGAUGUUCCGUUGGAAAAAACGCAAAACUGUCUUCCAUUGUUCAUGUUUAUUUGUUGGCUUAUGAAGGUUUCUUGUAUUUUGGUCUGAUGAUUUGAUAUAAGCUGCAGGAACCGAGGCCUUUCUCUACCCCUGUGCUUCUCGAUGCCUUAAAACAAUCACGGUGAUGAUCAGACCUGUAUUAAAGCUGACAGAUACUGCUAAUAAGAAUUCAACUUGCCAUGACUCUGUCGAGCUGCUGCCUUUGUAAUCAUGAUGUUCGUAGCUGCUGCCUGAAUCGUAAUGUGUCGGAGGGGUAGGAAGAAGUCUUAAAAACAAAGUUGCAGAUAAACACAUGAAAGCUGCAUUAGCAUAGAGUAACACAAGUUGACGCUCAACAACACGGAAUGAAAUUCAUCUCACAGGAAAUUUUGUUGAAUGACAUGACAAACUACACGUUACACUUUACAAACUUCACUAACCUUGGUGAAUUUACCAAACUGGUAGUUACUACAAGGAUGUAGUGUAAUGUUUUUAAUAUAUUUUUUUAAGGCUGAGUUGUGGGUUCUGGAAGUGCUUCCUCACUGUAAAUUAGUAUUUUUGAAACAGUCCUAUGAUAAUCUUAAUGUAAUGUUCCUCAACAUAGAAACACAGGGGUCACCUGAAAAAAAAAGUAUUUCAACAGUAAGAAAUUGUGUCUUUUCAGUCUGUUUCAUUAGCAAAAGGUUCUGAAAACGAAGUGGCAGCCUCUGCAGCUGUGGAGAAGACUGCUCCAUAAAUGAUGGAUUCAUCCAGAAUGUACUCAGAAUCGAAAACUGAAUCGAUUUAAACUGCGUAAUUUAUGAAGUUUCUACAAAGUUAAAUAAAAAACUAUUAUUGAAAGAACAAAAACCUUAAAUGUUACAUGUUAACAGGGCAGAGUACACACAUCUAGACACACAUCUGGAAAAAUCAAAGAAUCAAAAAUAAAUAAAUAGUCAAAUUAUUUAUUCAACUACCUUCAGUCCUUAGCAUCACACACAGCAGAUUUUGAAGUUGUAUGAUUGGCUGGUUUCUUCCUGCAGUGCAUCUUGGGAGUUGAAAUGGACUUCUCUCCCAAAGUUUUUUUUUAUGUACACAGAUUUCUACAUUUUUUAGGAAAUACAAUUUUUUUUCAGCAUGAUUGAUAUUAGUUAACCAAAUUAGUUUAUUUCCAUGAAAGUGUUGUAACUUAAAGUCAUCAAAUGUUUUCUAUGCAAAAAACAACUUCACAAAUCCACACAAUUAUAACUACUACAAACAUAUUGGGUUAUUGUUGUGGAUAUAGUUUCAUUGUUUGUAUUGAAUAUGAAGAAUCGAGCACAAUAUUCUUACAAUGUUUUGUACAUAAUGGUUUUAUUAUUUGGGGGAAGUUGUGUACCUGACCAUGACUGCAUGUUUACCAGCCAGAUAAAAGGUGCUAUUUUUAAAUGUAUUAUUUUUACUGUUUAUUGGAAAUGGAAGCUUGUUUUUGUGUGGUUAUGGUUAUGUGUUAUGGAACAUUUUAAUAAGCAUAUCUAAUAAACCAAAUGUUUGAGUAAAAA